AUGCUACGACACCAUGUCUCUACAGGCAUGUGCCCUCGCCUCCGAGAUCCGGAGAAGUCUUGGAGAAGCGGUCUGCCGACUCGGGAGCGGAAGAUCACAGGUGGAGAGCCAAAGGCGGAGCUGAAAAUGCGGAAGUUGAAGAACGUCGCUCGUCUCGCAGGCUAUGCAGAGUUGCUCGUGAAGGCUAUUCAGCAGGACCCACUCUUGAAGCAGCUUGCGAUCAACAGCCCUGUCGUAGCUCAUGUGAUCAGCAGCCUUCAAGCAUUGAAGAAGAUGUUCAGCCAGGAAGUCUUGGGCAAACUGCGAAGCGGCCAGGUGCCCGAGGAUGCUUCUGCGCAAGCCGUCCCGGACCUGGCGUUCACAAAGCGCAGAGCGAUUGGACCUCAACCCGAAGACCCGACCCGUGUCAGCUUGAAGGUGGAGAGAUCGAGGCAGAGGCAGCAGCCAGAGAUCUCCAGCGCCCCAUUGUCAGAAAACUCCGAGAUUCUCCUGGAGAGGGAACUUCGGCUUCUGGACUACAUCUAUGCUGACCUCCUGAGUUCCUUCUGGCAGACUCUCCUGACGCUCGAGGCUGCCCAGCUGGUCAUGGUCAUCUAG